GAUACGCCAGGAUCUAGUGCAGGGCUGUUAUAUUAAAAUGUACAUGCUGUAUAUCACGCAACUAGCAACUUUUCCCAGUCAAUCGCAGUUUGGCGUCCCUUGUAAAUUGCGCGUUCACGCGGCGCUCUGGCCAGCCCAGGAUCCCAGUGCGCUCGCUCCCGCACCAGCCUGGUGAAAAAAAAAAAAAACUGCAGCGGCUGUAGCCGGAGCCACGCAGAGAAGAGAAGAGAAGAAGAGGGGAGAAGAGAAGAGGAGCCGUGUGCGGAAAAAAAAAAAUCACUGACACUCGCAAGAGUUGCGCUACGCACGCUCGGAUAUUUCGUUUUCCCUGCCGGGGACGACGUUGUCAAACUCGGGAUUUAUGGCUGCAGAGAAGCCGUAGAGUCGACGGGGAGACACUCGGCGCCUGAAAGGAAAAUUAGCUGCAGCCUUAGGAUGCCCAGUGGCUUCGGAUGAAUCAACGAGUGGAGGUGCUCACAGCCUAAGAAUACCUGAAGGCGACAGGGCACCACAUAGCCUAGCAGGGUCUGGCGGUAGGUGCUCCGUGCUUCCCCAGCUGGGACCCCAUGGCUGCUGCUGCUCCUGCUUGAUUCAUUACACUGUCCAGUGCCCCCCACAUUUGAGGUUUGAAAGGCGUUCUACAGUCACAUCCUGAAGCCUGUAGUUUCAUGGAGGGGUUUCCUGUCCACUGACCCAAGAGGCUGCCUCACCCACCAGCAGCCAUGUCAGCCUGCAGCACCUUCACCGAACACGUGUGGAAACCAGGGGAGUGCAAGAACUGCUUUAAACCUAAGAGUCUGCACUGCCUGGCUCAGAGCAGUGGAGGGAAGCAACCCUCUGAGCAGAGGCGUCCAACAACUCAGCUACAGAAUCCACCCCCUGCUGGGGCCAGAGCCAACCCUAACGUUACCAGCAACUCCCAGAAGGCUGGCAGUGGGUCCUCUCGCUCAGGAAACUUUCGGCCACCGGUGGCCAAGAAACCAACCAUUGCUGUUAAGCCCACAAUGAUGCUACCCUGCUCCUCUUCAGGACUAGAUUCAGAUGGCAACAUACAGCAACCACCAAAUCUAAUAGAACAAGGCAAAACAUCAGCCUUCACAGUCUGGAAUCGCAAUGGACUGAACCGUAAGAGGCCCGGCGGGCCCAGCAACAACAACGAAGGAGAGGAUGGUAGUGAGGAGAUUGAAGGUUAUGGGCAACUUAGCCCAAGAACGCAUAGUGGAAAUAACAACAACAGUGGUUUGACUGAUGUCCUGAAGGAGAUCGCUGGUUUGGGCCCUGCCUCCAGUCCCCCACCCCUUUCCGCCUCUAAAGACUUAUUUUGGGGGCGAAUCAGCAGUUCAUAUAGAAGGUCUUUAGAAAGAGGCCUCCCAGCCUCAAGCUGUCUCGCCAUGGGAAGCUACAGUAGUAGCGGUGGUGGAGGCAGCACUGCACAAAAACGGGUAUCACUUAGUGAUAGCGCCAAGGUCAUCAGCACAGAGGGUGGUCGCUUUUGCUACCCUGACUUCUCGAGUGAGGGUGAAGAUGAUGAGGAAGAGGACGAUGAGGAGGAAGAGACAGAAAGGGAUGAGGAUGACGAACAUGAGAGUUGGGAUGAAAGUGAUGAAGAGCUUCUAGCUAUGGAGAUCCGUAUGCGAGGCCAACCUCGAUUUGCAAAUUUUCGUGCUGCCACAUUGUCUCCAGUGCCCUUUGCUGCAGGGAAAAAGUGGAAUACUGUCCCACUUCGAAACCGCUCACUACAGCGUAUUUGUGCAGUUGACUAUGAUGAUAGCUACGAUGAAAUUUUGAAUGGUUACCCCUCAGUGGAUUCCAAUGGACAUCUUCUUUCCUAUGGGCCUUGUGACAUGCAAGGCAGUGAUUUCUUAUCAAAUUCAGAGGCUACUACUUCUCCAGAAUCAUCAUCAUCACUACCCGAAGACUCUCGUACAACUUCUAGUAGUGGGAGCAGUGCCCACUGUGCCCCUCGAAAUGGCUUGCAUUCUCCCACAUCCCCUUGUAAGGCACCCAUUUCCUGCACUUCUCCUCUGAAAAAGGAGCCUGUCAACAAAGCACUGAGUCCACUCAAGGUUACCGAAACACACAAGGCUGUCCUGGCCAUUAGAUUAGAAGAUCAGGAUGGCAGAGAAGGCAUGCCAAUGCCCCAGGCUCUUCCUGGUCAACCAGUCACUAUAAGUUUUAGUCCCACAGAGGAGCAAGCUAAACCGUACCGUGUAGUAAAUUUGGAAAAAUCAUUGAUCUGUAAGCCUUACACUGUAGUGGAUGUGUCAGCAUCCAUGGCCAAUAAAGAUGAACAUUUUCCAGACUUAUCGCCAAAACCCAAAAAUCUGUCCAUGCCCUCCAGCCCUACAUCAUACUGUAACCCACCUGUAGUCCAGCCCCUGUCUCCACUGUCCCCUAUUUCCACAUCUUCUUCUGCAAUGCCAACAUCACCUACGUCUGUUGCGCUGUCUGGUAACUCGCGAAAGAAAUCAAGCAGCAUACGUUACCAAGAAGUGUGGACAUCAAGUACAAGUCCUCGGCAAAAAAUACCUAAAGUGGAUCUGGGGAAUAAUCCUGGUCCCUCCAUCACUACACAGCACUGCAGUCACAAGUCAGCUCCCACUUCUCCCAUUGCUGGGUUGUCGUCCUCUCGAACUGUACCUGUGAAAUCCCCCAAUUUAUCAGAGAUCAAGUUCAACAGUUUCAAUAAUGCAGGUAUGCCUCCUUUUCCUAUCAUUAUUCGAGAUGAACCAGCCUAUGCCCGAAGUUCCAAAAAUGCUGUCAAGGUACCCAUUGUUAUCAAUCCAAGUGCAUAUGACAACCUAGCUGUGUACAAGAGCUUCUUGGGACUCAGUGGAGAACUGCCACAGACAAAAGGGGUUAGUAAUAGGGUAGCCAGCCACACUUAUGAAGAGAUUGGGUCGUCUGAGAGUGUCCAGUCCUCCUCAACAGAGAAAACACUCUCUGGUAGAGGCACAUCAGAGCGAGCCUCCUCCGAAGAGACUAAAUUUCCACUUGAAGCAGUGUCAAAAGCACCAAAUUUACAACCAAGAACCACUACAGACCCUAGCACUGUUACAAGCACUGUGAUUAGCUCCACAGGUGGGGCGUUCUCUCCCACUACAUCAGCAAAUUCUCCUGCCAAUCUUGCCAUUACUGCAAACCGACCUAAAAAUAGCCCAUCUGGGAGGGUUGUUUCACAUACUUGUAAGACAAGUGGAGAUGCUUCUAGCAGUAAAGAUAAUGAUUCAGGCUCAGCUUUGGCUUCUGUCACAGUGGUAAGCCAUAGAGAGGAGGCCAGUACCGUGCUUUCUCAGAUUGUGGCCUCCAUCCAACCUCCUCAGUCUCCUCCAGAGUCGCCCUCAGCACAAACCAAAACUUUAAGUACUGAGGAGCUCUAUGCGCUCCCACCUGAUGCCAUGAAGGACACCCUUACUCGACCUAAGUCCCUGUUUUCCACAGCUGACGGCGGUCUUUCCAAACCAAAGAAGGACACGCCCUCAAAGGUUUUGUCAAAAUCCCAGAGUGCCUCUGCUGCUGUCCCACUCUCUAGCCCCAGGUCAGAGCCCAAUGCCCCCUUCCCCCCUCCGAGAUCUACAUCUUCCCCUUACCACGCUUCUAACAUACUCCAGAGACAUUUUGGCAACUGGACCAAGAGCUCUGCCUCCAGCUCUCCUAUACGACCAAGUGAGGGUGAAACAAGUCCUGGUGGAGAAGGGAGACGUAUUUCAGCAGAAAGCUCCAAACCUAAACGCUGGAUCUCCUUCAAGAGCUUUUUCCGUCGACGAAAAGACGAGGAUGAGCAGAGAGAGAAGGUGGAGAGAGAGAAAGAGAAGGGCAAGCUGGUUGGGCUUGAUGGAACGGUCAUUCACAUUCUUCCACCGCCGCCUGCCCAAAAUCAACACUGGUUCACUGAGGCUAAGCCAGAGGAUCCCAACCAGAAGCCAACCAUUAUAUUCACCUACAAACCAGACAACAGCAGUAGUCCUGGCGAUGGCGAGGGAGAACUUCGAGUAGAGGAGUGCAGAGAAACUGUGCUGACCGAUGAAAGCAAGGAAGCCGCACCUUUGAGUCCGGGGCAAACACCUUCCUCACUCAUCACAGGAGGAGAUCCCAUCAGCAAGGACUCAAGCCAGGUACCAGCGAGUGCCAGCAGUGCCAGGGAUCGGGAGCCGCCCCCUGCCACCUCCCUGCUUGCCAGAGUGAAUCUGGGUCUGGUGCUUGGGGAGGGCGAGGAGGGCCACGCCAACCAGGUUUUCACCGCGGCUUCUGCCAGCGAGGGCAGCGCCAGCCUCGGAGAGCCUGAGGACGACGGGAGCCACUCUCAUCACUCCCACUCUCCCGCCUCCAGCCAAUGCAGUGCCACCUACAGCAACCUGGGUCAGUCUCGAGCCAACAUGAUCCCACUGAAACAGCCACGGAACAUGAAAGCGUCCAAUGACACCUUGGCCUCCAUUGACCUGGACGUCCUUGCCGACCAGCCAGCGCCUAAAGCUACACCACCACCACUACCCAAGAAGGCAGUUCCUCGCUCCAGUACUGAACCCAGCCUGGUUGGCAAAGAGCCAAUCCCAAUCCAGGGAGCUUUUAGACCUCGAGCUGAAGCUAAACCCGGGGGCACCAACCUAAGCGUGGCCAAUCCUCUCUAUGACUUGGACUCCACCUGGGAAACAGCAAGUCAGAGCUCCUCUCUCAGCUCUGAGCCUCAUCGAGGUCACGACCACGAAAGCGGUGACUCCUUGGAGAGAUCGUCGGCCUCCACAGCUACCAACAAGGCCCGCCUGGCUAACAACGCGUCCUCUCUUGCCCCCCAGUCUGCACCUGCUGCACCCAGUGCAGCCACCAGCAGAGAGAGGAGGGUCUACCCAAGCACAGAGUCACUGAUUGGAAGGGGUCGGGCGACAGGUCGAGUUGCUUCCGGAGGAGGAGGAGGAGGAGGAGGUGGGUCCAAACCCCAGAGGCCGGCUCUUUACAGGGGUUUAGACAGCUGGGAUGAGGUGGUGGGGAGGAUCCGGGGGCUCCACACGGACACUCUGCGGAAGCUGGCUUCGAAGUGCGAGGACCGUUUCAUGGCCGGCCAGAAGGAUCAUUUGAGAUUCGGCACCGACAGCUGGUCCCACUUCAGGCUGACCACUGGGAAGCCCUGCUGUGAGGCUGGGGAUGCUGUGUACUACACCGCCUCUUACGCCAAGGACCCACUGGUCAACUAUGCCAUCAAGAUCUGUCGGAGCCAGGUGAAGGAGACCCAGCAGCAGUUUUUCCACAGCCUUGCAGUGAGACAAAGCCUGGCGCUGCACUUCAACAUCCAGCAGGACUGUGGACACUUCCUGGCUGAUGUCCCCACACGCCUGCUCCCCUGGGAAGAGGAGGACGAGGAGGAAGAGGAAGAGGAGGAAGAUAAAAAGGAAGAAGGACCUACAGACAAAGAGAAGGAGGUUAAGACGGACGCAAACACGACAGAGCCCAAAGCCCCUAACGGUAAAGCAGACGAAACGUCAGCAGCAGCAGGUCACAUGAACACCACCGGCCGAUUGAGGAGCCGAGUGGUGGUCAUCACGCGUGAGGUGCCGUUCCAGACGGUGGCUGACUUUGUCAGAGAAGGCCUAACCAGACACGCCCACAACCCGGAGCUGUACGAGCGGCAGGUCUGUCUCCUGCUGCUGCAGCUGUGCUCCGGCCUGGAACACAUGAAGCCUUAUCACGUGACCCACUGUGAUCUGCGCCUGGAGAACCUGCUGCUGGUCCAGUGCCAACCCGGCAACCCCUGGAAUCUGGACUUACUUGAGCCCAACAACAACAGCAACAGCAGCGCCGGCUCCGGUGGGGCCGGUGCCGCGGCCGCCGCCGCAGCCAACGCCACCUGCCCCGCCCGCCUCAUCAUCAGCAACUUCUCUCAAGCCAAGCAGAAGAGCACCCUGGCCACCGACCCUGGCACGCUGCGCGACCAGUCGAGGCUGGCACCCGAAAUCGUCACGGCCACGCAGUACCGCAAGUGUGACGAGUUCCAGACUGGGAUUCUCAUCUACGAGAUGCUGCACCGCCCCAACCCCUUUGAGGAGACGCCCGAGCUGAAGGAGCGGGAGUACACCUGGGCCGACCUGCCGCCGCUCCCGGUCAGAUCGCUGUACUCGCAGGGCCUGCAGCAGCUGGCCAGAUUACUGCUCACCGUCAACCCCUCCGAGAGGAUCCGAAUGUCCGAAGCGCGGGCCUGCCUGCAGUGUCUCCUCUGGGGGCCCCGGGAGGACUUGUUUCAGGCGCUGGGCUGCAGCACCACCGGCCCCAUGUCAGGGGCCACAGCGAGCCAGCGCGAGGCCACCCUCCAGAACUGGUUGGACCUGAAGCGGACGCUCAUGAUGAUCAAGUUCGCGGAGCGUUCGCUGGACACCGCUUGCGGUGUGAGUCUGGAGGACUGGCUGUGCUGCCAGUAUCUGGCGUUUGCCACCACAGAAAGCCUGAGCCGGGUGGUGCACAUCCUGCAGCAGCCACAGCAACACCCGCACCCGCAGCCGCAGCCGCAGCAGCAGCAGCAACCCCCACCUCAGAACCAGAACCAGCCAGCACACCCGGCACAGAACCAAACCCAAACACAUCUAGCACACCCCUUCCACUUGACUCAGUCGCAGCCGCUCUAAGUUCCUCUGCCUAACUGUUACUAUGGCAACAGACCCAACUUCCCCCGUGUGGUCCCUCUGCUGAUGCUGGAGUGUGAUGUGAGCUAAUAGUCGGCUUUGUUGUUGCAGCAGCCACAGUGUUCACCUCAAACUAAACAGCUGGCUGUGCAGUGUCUGUGUUUUCGGCACAGAGUGAGAGUUUUCCUUUGAACAGCUAAGCUUCACGUUCAGGGUUAAUAAAAGUUAACUUUCACAUUUCAAGUCCAAAACAAAGGAAACAUUAGAGCCAGUCGGUGGAAUCGUUUUGGCUCUUGUGUUUUGACACUCCGGCAGAGUUAAAGCGGAGAAUUCACCAUUAUUUCAUGGCUUCAUGGAGUUUUUCAGCCUGCAGGGCUGUGAGGGCUCUGCAUUUGAUAUGACGGAGUCAGAUUUGUUUACACGUAAAUAUUCUCACUUUCAUCAGAUUCACCACAGUUAAACAGAAUCCAGAUGGAAAUUGGAGAAUAUCUUCACAGUUGUUUGACUGAUUAUUACAUUUUUUUUUAGAUGGAAAAGACGAAAAAAGUGAAAUGAAGGGAGACUAUUUUAAAUGAAGGGAUUAAAAAAAAAAAAAAAAAUGACGCCAAAAUGAUUUUGUGAUGGAUGUGUCAUCUUCGAAAUUGAAUCUAACCAGAGUGUUUUUCCAGUCUGGACUGAUGCAAAAGUGAAAUAUAUUUUAGUGGUGAAGCCCCAAAUUGUCCAUCUAAAGAUUCUUUGACAAGUUUUAACCCUGCUGGACUUAAGUGGGUUUAUUCUAGCUGAGACUGUCUGGAGCAGUCCGGAGUAGAGGAGAGGUGAGGUGAUGCUGUUGUAUCAUGUCGUACUUUACACUCCUGCACAGAGCUUUGUAGAGGGAGGUGACGAACACUGAGCUAAUUCUGGCUUUACAGUUUUUGACGCUAUGAAAACGGGACACAACGGCCCUGGCUUCUUGUCUGAGUAUGUGCAAUUAAUAUAUUUUGUUGUUUCUUUUGGAGGUAAAAGCGUAUGAACAUUUCAUAGCACACGCAGUCUUUUACUCAUCCUCCCGUUCAUUAGUUUUGUGGCACAUAAACCGAUUCUUUUCUUUUCACUCCUGCAAGUUAAAUGAAACAAACUUCUUACAGCGGAUGAGAUGUUUCAGGGACUGCAAAAAAAAAAAAAAAAAAAAGUGAUUCGUUGUCUACUGUGUUGUUUUUGUCAAGUUGUUUUCGGACGGUUCUGGGUCAUGGAUGACAUUUGCACACUCAGUCUGAACGCUCCUCGAUGGAGAAUGGAGGACUGAACGGGACUGAGGACAGGAGGAGACUGAGAAAAGUUCCUGUGAAUUAGAGGAACUGUUUUUUGCAGCGUGUGGAAUGUAAAAGGACUGAAACGGACAUUUGGACCUGGUCUCAUCUGCUUCUGAAACACACUCGCCUUCCAACCGAACCACUUUGUUUCACAUAUAGAGUCUUGACUGGCCUUGUAGAGGAACUACUCAACCACUGAGACUUGCUUCCAUUCCGCCUGCCUUGUUUCCCGUCCUCCGGGGGUUUCCUGACCAAUAGGACGGCACAUCUUGCAUUGAUGCUCCCUCCCUGUCACUCAGCAGAUAUAUUCUGCUUUAAUUAAAUGAGCUCUGUGCUAUUGAUCAGUACCUUCCUGCCUGGAGUCACAUUCACACAAGCCCCAGCUUCCACGUAGAAUGAUUGGAACCAUAUUUAUUUUUUAUUUUUUGGUUCCUGAAAUAUAUUUUUAACUAAAGUGGACAAUGCUUCGGAACUGGCUCUGAAAAAUGCUUUGCAUGCACAUGUUUACUCAUUUGCUCUCAUUUCAUAUCCAAAAACGGCAGCAGUUCAGCUGUCGCUGAGGGGAAAGCACCGCUCUGUUCUACUGCAGAUGUAGAGCAGAAAAACUUCAUGGUCCACGGAGCGAAAAUGAGACGGAGCAGGUUUGAGUUUGUGGCUGCGUUAAAGGGUUUGUGUACUGAGGAAUGUGUGUGGGACAGCACUGGUGGCUGUCCUUGUAUUCAGAGAAGCCUUUAUAUAGUUUAAAUAUAUAUAACCUGUAUCUAUUUUAAUCCACACACUAUUUUGUCGAGUACGGAGCACCUCUAUUUCUGUCCUUAGAGUCUAACAAUCAUUUAUCCAUGAAAGCUUUACUUGACUUCUUCAAAGUGGCAUGUUUUAGGAGAAGAGAAGGGUGAGUAGUUAUCACUGUCCUACGCAGAGGAUCAAAGAAGAGAGAUCUUACUAAUCAUCAGCAGCAUUAACACACACAACAAUGUACAGGAUUUCUACCCCUCUUGUAAAUUUGACCUGCUUAGGAAGAAGAACCACUUUGGCUGAGGGAUUUUGAGACGUUCAUCAACUGUGCGGACGACGUUUUCCUCUUUCUGCUCGGGUUUCCUCUUCGCAUUGUUAAUUGCCACUGAACCUAACAACAGAAGCUCUCUGAGGCUUUCUAAAUAUGUGUACAGUAUAUGUGUCCUGGCCUGCCGCCAUUCAUUGUUGACAAGUUAACCGACAGUAACAGAACAAUAAAUAUAUGUUUUUAUAGAUA